CUGAUUAUCAAAAACCACAAAAUAAAUCUUUUUCAGAAAUAGAACAAGUAGGAGAAAUAGUCAAGAAAAUAGAAGAUCAGCAGCAAAUUAACAUCCAUAAUCCUUCUAGAGACAUAACUUUUAAUUCUAAUAACUCGGUUAAUUCUCCAAAUAGCAUGA